AUGCCGCUGGUAAACAACAAGGUGGGCGAUGGAUGUGUAGUGGGCACGGAGAACACUUUGAUUGAUGGAAGAGUGCUGGUGGAUUCUCUGAUGAAGGUGAGCUGCUUCUGAUUUUAUGUCUGCAAACAAAUAUUAGACAUCUUGUAAACCAAAGUCUUGAUCAUAUACCGAAGUGUCCAGCUUUGACAGUUUCUGGGGUUGAAAAUAACUGCAAAGAUUCCUUAUAUUUAGUUUAUGCUCUGACAGUUCUAGAAAAAUAAACACUACGUGCAAAUUAACUUUAUUGUGCAGAAGUUAGUCUGUUAAUCUAUGCAAGUUUCCCUUAAAAGAAAAGUAUUUUUACUCUUUCCUGCAAAUAUUUGAGACUAUUUACAUUUGAUAGACAACCCAGAUUACAUAGUAAAUCUUCUGCCUGCUGCCAUCCAGCUGAACUGACUGAUGUUGUGAAUUAAGAGAUUAAAGCUAUUGCUAAUUUCAAACUCCUGUCCCUAGUGAGGUUAAAGAAAAGGAAAAGACAAAGAUUACACAGAGUACUAUGCAUACACCAACAAAUAUCUAAAAAAUAAAAGUUAAGAUUGAAAAAAUAGCCAUUUAAACCAAGGUUAUAUAAAAUUAAAACCGUGUUACAGAACAGUCAUGGAUUUACAGAACUUUUCAAAAAAUUGUAUUUCCGUUUUGCAAAAUAUAAAAAGAGAAAUGACAAAAAUGAUUUUGCAUCUGCAGUUUAACCAUCUUAUUUUUGACUCUUGUGUAGAUAUUUGUACACAGUAACACAAGACAUUACAGCAUCUUACCCCCUUCAGCUAAAAAAGCACUCUGACUGAAAAGAAGUUUUUGGUCCACUGCAUCUUUAUGAUGCUCUACAGUCUGUAUGAAAGGUACAUACAUCUUUCUCCAUUACAGGCCUUGUUUUUGUAGUUUGACCCACAAUCCUCUGCAGUAUUUUAGCUGUAAAAAAACACGUGGUUUAUUUAUAUUUUCCAGUUAACAUUUGCAGUGAGUAAAAAAUGAGUUGUGCAUCCAACAAAUGAGAGGCUUUAAUAUAUUUCAGUUUUAUGAUUGAAAAAUACUGAUGCAGCUCUGGCUCUUCCUGGUUUUAACCUGCAUUUUUAAAUUUUUCAGAUUACCAACAGUCUGGGUCAAUGAAGAAGCUGCAGAAGAUGCACUCGUUAAACUAGUCAAACCACAUAAAUUAGCAGAUGUAACACACUUUAAAAUGAAACCUGGAUUAUCUCAGAGUCUUUGGUCCAGUUUUAGGGCCACUUUACAGAUCUGUCUGAUGUUCAGAGGUAUAUGAUUUGGUGGGUGAAAUUAUGUGACUGUUUCCCAAUUUGAUACAGCAAUAACUACAGACCCCAACUCCAGUGAAGCUGGGUCUUUAGGUUAAACUUGAAUAAAAACAGAAUACCAUGUUUUGCAAAUUCUUUCAUAAACUUGGUGUUUUUUUGUAAACAUUAACUAAUUUUAAUUUUAUGCUUUAACAUGUUCCUAGAAAGUUGGUCCAGGAUCAGCAAAAGUCUGAAAACUGAGGACUGCGCCAUAAACACCUGUUCAGAUCAUUCGAAGUGUGAACAUGUUCAUUGUAAAUGAGUGUGUGAGUCAUGAUGAGGUAUAAAAGAUGAAAGGAUUCAAGUACCUCUGGGUUUCUUUCAGUGGGGGUAAAAUAGAUUGUGAGAUUGAUAGGUGAAUUGGUACGGCAUCUGCAGGACUGAAGGUGUUGUGCCAGGCCAUUGUGGUGAAAAGGAGGCUUGGCCUGUGGAUCAAUGUUCCAGUCCUCACCUGUGGUCAUGACUCUGGGUCAUGACUAAAAAAAUAAGAUCAUGGUUACAAGCAGCUGAAAUGAGUUUCCUCUGAAGGGUGUUUGGGCCAGCCAUACAGAUGGGGUUAGAAACUCAGACAUCUGGAGGGAACUCAGAGUCAGCAAAGGCAGUUCAGGGAUUUGAUAAGGAAGCCUCCUGAGUGCCUCCCCGUAAAGGUGCUCUUAGCACGGCCAGUGGGAAGGAGAUCUCGAGGUAGGCCCAGAGCUCUCUGGAGGGAUAACAUAUCUGAACAUAUCUCGCAUUAUGUAUCAUUUUGUCUAGAUCAUCCAUGAUCAGGGUUGUUAUUGCAGCCAUUGAGUUGUAGAUAGUCAUCCAGCAUUAAUGAUUUUGUUUCUUUGAGACAUGAGUGGUGGGCAGAUCGAUCCAAACUAUUGAUGGUAUCGAUACCAGCAUUAGUUUUGGUAUUGAUCGAUCCUUGCAUAAUGAGAUUGAUACUUAAGUUUCAGUUUUUCUUCUCUACAUUCAGUUCUCAACUCCCCUUUAAAAGACAGUGGUGCAAACACUGCUCCUUUCAUUUUGCUCAUGCUCACUUUGUCCCUCGGCUUGCCACUACUUUCAAGUGCUAGUCCUGUCUCAGCACGGAGCACACACUUUGCUCCUCCUCCCUCUCUUGUGUUUUGUUAUUGCACUGUCACAUGGCUCAGCGGCGCCACUCAAACGAGGAAGCAGGCAGGCUCAACCAGGCCUGUUCACUCAGCUCUCUCUCUCUCUCUCUCUCUCUCUCUCUCUCUCUCUCUCUCUCUCUCUCUCUCUCACUCUCUCACUCACUCACUCACUCACACACACACACACACACACACACACACACAGACAGAGACGAAGCAGAAGAGUGGCAGAGAGGGAGAGGAGCGCAGUGUGGCUAUAUAUAAUUCAGGCCAAAAAUGAAAUAACGGCAAGCUGUAUAGUAUGUAAAAUGGCUGUACACAGUGAUAAUACAACAGGUUUAUAAAACUAUAUGAAAGGCACGCAAAAGACCAAAAUAUCACAACAACACCUAAAGGUCAGCAGUUUGAGGAUACCUCAACCUUAGACAUUCAAAAGUAUUGGUAUCAAUAGCAUUGAUAUCAUCGCCCUGUAUUUAAGAUGUUCCUUUACAGCUAAAACCCACAGGAUCUGAAACAGCUCUGCUCUGCUCCAGCAUGGCAGGCGGAUCAAAUACACAAGCAUUAUAAUCACUGUGUGAUUCCACAGAAUCCAUCCGCCGCCCGGCCGCCGCUGGCACGGAAGCAUCGAGACUGUUUAAAAAUAUUUAUAAUAAAAAGGUAUAACUGCCACCUUGGUUUUCUUGUGAACAGACUGUUCUGCAGACUGUGCAGUGAAACCUGAAAAUCUAUGUCAGUCAGUGGCUGCAAAGCUGAUCAGUUCAACGCUAAAAAUUGCACACUUAAGAAAAUUAUGAUGACAGCAGAUCCCUGCUUGUGGACUUGAAAUCGCUGUGUUUAAAUCUAAGAUGAGGAAGUGCAGCAGCCCUGAUAUCCCAAGAGACUUAUCCUCAUCUACGCAGUCUCCUCCCUGGCAUACAUUUAUGUCAUUUAGAACAUACAGCAUGUUUGCAUUAACUCCAAGCAGCUUAACAUGUGUCUGCACAGCCUCAGCUUCUCUUUAUAAACGUGCUUCUUUUCUUUGCUCAGGUGGUGGCGUGUUACCGGCAAUUGGCUGCAUGUGUUGGCAGCUGCACAGACAGUUUGGAGCUUCGGGAUGAGCUGCGACAAACUCGAGAAAAGGCUCAAAGGUUGGCCAUGGACAUCUGCAGUCACCUGACCUCACACCUUAGGAACAAGAGCCUCCCCGAGGAGCAGCGUAAGGAGUUGGAGCUCCUCUGGGUGUCCUUCUCCUCCAGCCUCGAGCUCCUUCAUGUCGACAUGUGCAAGGUGUUUAACAUGGGUGACACUUUCUGUCUGGCAAACACUAAAACCCUGGUUAAGACUGGCCUACAAGGUAAGUUAGAGGCCAGCAGUCAUGCCAAGAUUUAAGCUUAUUAAACUACGUGGUCAGAAAUGUAUGACCUUUAUUUCCCAAAGAAGCUUCGGAGCUUUUGUAGGUAAGGGGGGAAUUAUCAGAUAUGGUCAAGUUUUUGAAUGUUCUUCUUUUUAAAGGAGGAGGCAGUGAGGUAGCUGCUCGGGCCCUCAGUCUGCCAGACCUUCACCAGGCUCAGACCUCCACCCUCCCUGCCUGUCUGGAGAUCCAGGAGCGCAGCACCAUGGAAAAGGAGAUCAGCCAAAUAGGUCACAUGAUUGACGACAUGGAGAUGAAGGUGAACGUGUUGCGUUGGAUGGUGGAGCCUCACGGAACAAAACAAGUGGACCAGCUGAGCUGCUCGGACAGCACCUCACUGGCUCUGAUGACUACGGAUGAGGAGCAGCAUGAACAGCAGUCUCUGUGUCAGCGCAAUCCCAUAUUUGUGCUCCUGCUGCUGCUGCUGGUUGUUUUAGUGGCAGCUACUUUAUCCAUCAGUAUUGUCCUUUUCUCAUGA